GAGAUGACACACCCAUGAGGGAAUUACGGAACAUUCUUGCAGAACAGUGUGUAGCUCAUAGUCCUACACCUUAUUCAGCUAAAGCAUUAUACAUGCAAGCAAUUAAAAAUUGUCCAGAAGGAGCAUACAACUAUACAUACCUCCAAGCCACAGAGAGAAUGCGCCAAAUAAGAAAAUCCAUAUUCCCCCCAACUCCAAGGAAUCUUUUACACCUCCAUCAACUUUUAGAAAUGAAUGAAAACCGACACUUUGCCCUCACAUUCCAGGCACAACCAAAUCUAUUCUAUCAGGGGCCAUUGAUGGUAAAUGGAAUGUUAGUUGGAUUGGUUUUUUGUAACACAAGUUUUAUUCAGGACAUAGCUGUUGAGUUACAAAACAUCACAGUAGCCGGAUGUGAUGGUACAUUCAAGACUGUCCCAAAGACAAUAGAUAAUGAUUGCUACCAACUAUUUACGUUUCAAAUAGUGUACAAAAAUGUUAGCUAUCCUCUGGUAUAUGCACUUUUAAAUGGAAAGAAUGAAGGAAUAUAUACUGCAUUAUUUGAACGUAUCAAAGAUAUGAUACCCCUGCAAUACCAAAAUCUUAUGAUUAUUACAGACUAUGAAAUUGGGCAAAUCAAUGCAAUACAUACUGUAUUUAGAGAAAUAACUCACCAGGGCUGCUAUUUCCAUUAUUGUCAGGCGAUUCUGCGGUAUGCCAGAAACAAAUCAAUCGGUGUUUACAAUUUAGUAAAAAUAAACCCUGUUGCUGCUCGUGUUUUCCGGAUGAUACUUGCACUACCAUACCUUCCGUCUGUAAGAAUUGGCAGAGUUCCUUCGGUGGUUGAUGGCGUUAAUGCCAUAAUUCUAUUCAUAGUGCAGUAUGAAGAUGUAGCUUUGGCGUACCACCGAUUUAUUUAUGAAUAUAUUAUUCCUUUUUGGAUUCAUUCUAUAACUCCCGAAAGAUUUACGGUAUAUAAUCGCGAUAUUAGGACAAAUAAUUAUUUAGAGAGUUACCAUGCCGUACUCUUAAAAAUCAUAAGGCCUCAUCCAAAAAUAUGGGAAUUUAUUGACCAGUUGAGGUAUUUAGAAAAUACUUGCGAAGUGGAAUUUAAACAAGCCUCAAAUAAUUUGAAGAUUCGGUUGGAACGAUCUAUGCAUACGAGAGACCGAAAUACCAGGACAAUUAGAGAUUUCAUUGAUGAUUUGAUUGAAGACCAUUCGGAAGACCGUAUAAUAACGUUUCUACGUAGAGCAGGCCAUAGGAUAGAUGGAUAUAUAACCCAGCAAAUUGGUCCUUAUCCAGGUAAUUCACAAUUUAUUUUAAUCGCAGAGAUUCAUCAAUUUUUGAAUAUUUAUAUUUCAUGUAUUUUAGGAGAGCCAGACCUUCUUCUGCAAAAUAUAUAAUAAUUUAAUUGUUUUUUCAUAUUUGUAUAUAUAAUUGUGUUUAUUUAUAAUUUUUAAUACUAUUUAAGAUUUAACUACCUCAUUAUUUGACACAAAACUGACACAAGGUAAUAAUGAAUUAAUAUUUUUUUUUACUUAUUUGUGAUAUAAUUAUAGAUGACUCUUUUAACUUGAUAAGUUAAAAGUUAAAAAAAAAAUUAAACACACAUCAUUGUAAAACCAAUGCAUUCAUUGGUCUGCUCAGAAUCUAUAAGUACAAACAAUAUGAACUUAACUCAGUAUAAAAAAAGUUAAUUUACCUUUUUU